AUGGAAAAGGUGGUCUAUGACUCUCUGGGCUCCAGUCCUCACAUCAUCAAGUGCUACGCCCAUGAUUAUACCCUCCCCGACGACGACGACGACGACGACGACGAACCCAUUCUCAAUGUCUUCCUUGAGUAUGCCUUCGGCGGAUCACUGAGUAGUUUGAUCAAGAGAAGCACCAUUGCUACUGUGUCUGCAUCUGUGUCCGUGUCUGUAGGGAUGCGUGAGUCGCAAGCAAGACCACACACUCGCUCCAUUCUUCGAGGGCUUGAGUUCAUCCAUGGAAAGGGAUAUGUCCACUGCGACCUGAAGCCGGACAACAUUUUACUGGUGCAUUGUGAUGAUGAUAAUCCUUAUGGAGUUGAUGGUUUCAUGGCCAAGAUUGGUGAUUUGGGUCUAGCCAAGAAGACCAAGACUGGUGAUAGUAAUGGUCAUAAUAAUAAUAAGUCAAUGCUUAGAGUGAGAGGCACUUCAAUGUAUCUGUCUCCAGAGUCGGUGUUGGAAAAUAUUCAAGAGCAAGCCUCUGAUAUUUGGUCUCUGGGCUGUGUGGUUCUUCAAAUGUUGACAGGAAGUCUGCCAUGGAAUGAGAGGCUGCAGAAAGAGGAGCUGUUGCUCAAGAUUGGUACAGAAACGCCGCCUCUGCCACAAUACCUUACGCCCACUGCUAGAGAUUUCUUAGACAAGUGCUUUACCAGGAACCCCAAUGAGAGACCCUCUGCUCAGAUGCUCUUGUCUCAUCCCUUUGCUAUGUAUGGAGUCUGCAGUGAAACCCCAAGACCUUGA